AUGCCUACCAUGUGGUUAUCAGACUCGCAAAAAAUCGGAGUCGCCUUCUGCUCCGGCGGCGGCUUCUUCCUCAUAGCGGGCAUCCUCCUCUUCUUCGACCGCGCCAUGUUGGCCAUGGGCAACAUCCUCUUCCUCGUCGGCCUAACCAUCAUCAUCGGCCCACACAAAACCGCUCUCUUCUUCGCACGACGCCAAAAGCUCAAAGGCACCGCGGCCUUCUUCGGCGGGCUCUCGCUCAUCUUGCUCCGGUGGCCGCUGAUCGGGUUCUUGGUCGAAUUGUACGGCAUUGUGGUGCUGUUUGGGGACUUUUUGGGGACCAUUGCGGGUUUCGCGCGGAAUGUGCCUGUUGUCGGACCGUAUAUUGGGUUGGUGGUCGAUCGGGUUGGGUUGGGAGAACGGAGGAAUGCGGAGUUGCCUGUUUAA